CCAGCUUUCAAACCAUUUCAAAAAAAAAAAUACAUACAUACAUACAUCAUAAUCAGCGUCGAAUUGAUCAUGCGCACAGAUCAUCAGACUAGUACUACUGCUACCGUACAGCUACACAAGCGCACACACAAUUAACUCUGAUAUCGGUAUUUUCCAUGCGACCCCGUGCCAACCCCCUCCCAAAGCAUAAAACGAUUCGCCACUUACCAGAAUCAGGCAAGUGCAAGCAAGCAGCAGCAGCUUGUUGCAGCAUGCAGUACGGGAAAUUACCAUGCAAAAAGACUCGAUGGAGAGACAGAGAUCGAAAGGGCCAGCUGUGUCCUUGGGGGUUUAUAUACUAUACUCUGGUGAUCGACUUUGGGAAUGCAAAUGCAAACUUGCAUCGUGAUCUUCUGCCGCUUUUAAGGAACGAAAUUGGAGCGCGUACGUUGAGGCAGGGUUGUGCACAUAUAAUUGUGCACUAUCCAAGAUACAUAAUACAGAUGUGGAAAGAAAGUGUUGAAGAAACAAAAAACAAAAACAAAAAAGAAGGAAAAGUACGAAAGAAAAAUCGCAACGGGAACGGGCUUGAGGUGGUGACAGGAAAGAAAGUUGUGGGGAAAAGCAUAAAACAAAAAAACUGGGCCGGAAAGAUCCGGGUUAACCGACAACUAUAUAUGCGCUGCUACUGUUGAUCACACGCCAUCGAUCUAGCUGGUUAAUAUACAGAUUAACCAACCCAUCAGCAGCUGUGGUUGGUUGUUCAAGGCUUAAGCUGCCAGCAACUCCAAGUCGUACUAGUAGGCAGCCAGCAGACCUAUCUGGCCGAUUUACAACGAUCGAACCCCACCGAUAAUCCAUAUCAGUGCUAUAUAUUGUUUUGUUUGUUUGUCAUAGAUGGCU